GAGCGGGGCUGCUGCCGCUUUCACUCUGCUCGCAGCUGCCGCGCCGAAAAGGAGGAGCCUGCAGCUGGCAGCUGCCUCCGAGCCGCCGCCGCCGCCUGCGCUCCUCGCUCGCGCCUCCCUUGGCCGGAGUCCCCCCUCGCUGGGCCUGUGGCGGUGGCAGCCCCCGGAGCGGUGAGGCGGCGGCCGCGGCCAGCGACCCCCUAGCCCGGGCCGGGAGGUGCCCGCGGCGCCCCUUGCUCGCCUUCGCCUGGCCUGGGCUCCUCCUCGAUGGCCGCUGGCUGCCGGGACGGCCCGGGGCAGGAAAAGUACCGUCUGGUGGUGGUGGGCGGCGGCGGAGUGGGCAAGUCGGCGCUCACCAUCCAGUUCAUCCAGUCCUACUUCGUUACAGAUUAUGAUCCAACAAUUGAAGAUUCUUACACAAAACAAUGUGUGAUAGAUGAGAGGGCAGCAAGAUUGGAUAUCCUAGAUACAGCAGGCCAAGAGGAGUUUGGAGCUAUGCGGGAACAGUACAUGCGGACAGGAGAAGGCUUUCUGCUUGUUUUCUCAGUCACAGAUAGAGGAAGCUUUGAAGAAAUCUAUAAGUUUCAAAGGCAGAUUCUUCGAGUAAAAGAUCGUGAUGAAUUCCCUAUGAUUCUAGUUGGCAACAAAGCAGACCUGGACCAUCAGAGACAGGUAACGCAAGAGGAAGGUCAACAACUAGCAAGGCAGCUGAAGGUAACAUAUAUGGAAGCAUCAGCAAAAAUACGACUGAAUGUAGACCAAGCUUUUCAUGAGCUUGUCAGAGUUAUAAGGAAAUUUCAAGAGCAAGAAUGCCCUCCUUCCCCAGAGCCGACAAGGAAGGAAAAGGACAAGAAAGGAUGUCAUUGUGUCAUCUUCUAAGAAUCCUCUGAACCAAGCUGUCAACUGCCAGAUUAAUUCUACCUUUCUGCCUACCUUUCUAUGUGUCUCGGUGUUUUGUCUAGCCUUAUAUGUGCAUGUCGUAUAAAUGGUCACCAAAGUAGCCUUAGGCUAAAAGAACAAGGCUGACCCAGUCUAGAAGACAUCUUAGUCAUCUCAGGGCAGAUGUCAAAACACUAAGGCUUCUUUUAAUACUUCCCGGUUUCUUUCUCCUCUUGUGUCAAGAAGCUUGCACCUUGUGGAGUUUUAUUCACAAAGGAAACAAAACAAUAUUAAACAAGGUAUUGAAGUCAAGCUUAAGCAUUGCUGGUAUGGGUAUUUUUUCCACUUGUGACAUCCGUAUUAAUCACACUUGAGAGGGAAUCCUCUGAUCAAAAUGUAGAGUAUUUUUUUAAAAAGUGGAUUUGAAGGUUUUACCCUUUAGUAGGUUAGACUUCAAAAUUCAGCUUGCCUUACAGGAAGCCAAUACACUGAAUUUCAUUGUCAGUAAAGAUUUUUUGUGUGUUUCAGCUCUUGUUUAUGCUGCAGCUUUUUCAGUGGUCAACAGUCUACUGUAUUUAUUUUAUGGCUCCAGUAACAGCUACAGGAUUUAUUAUUAUUACAACUAUGUGGCCAAAUACCUGUGCUCACUCUGGACUUGGGCAUUUGUUUCAGUUUUAGAAGAUUUUACAUCAUGGUUUGGAAUAAAUUGUGUCUUCCUUUUGUAUUUUCCAGGUAAGGGAUUCAAGAAAACUAAACCUGUAGCUGUUGUUUUGUUUUUUGUUUUGAUGUAAGAUAAAAAAAAAGAUGAAUUUUCUCUUUUCAUUGUCAGAUGAUUAAAUGUUUUUUGCUAUAUACUUUUAUACAUUAUUUUCUUAUCAAACUAGUUAACAAGUAUUUUUAUAUGUUUGUAAGCAAAUAUGCUUUCAUGGCAUAACGUGUAAAUGUAAAGAUGAGUAUUUAAUUCUCACAGUACACUUUUAACUGACAAAAUUAAUGCAAGAUCUGCAGAACUGUGGUAGAACCUCUUUUCUGUUCCAGUUGUAUACACCAGUGGCCGAUUAUGGGCCUGCCCAAUGUAUCUGUUAAACUGUCAUGUUUUUCAAAUUGCCUUCCAUACCCUUUACAAAUGACUGACCAUUAUGUGACUAUUAAACUGUACAAACCUUUA